AUGGGUGCUGAACAAUCAAAGCUACCUGUUGAGCAGCAACGGGAAAAGGCACUAGCUCGCCGACCUCGUAACGACCACGACCUGCUCAACCCUGAUGAUGAUUACGUACAUGUCGACGAGAAGCAAACAGACGUUGGCCCCCAACUCGCCCGAGAUGCAGAGGAUCUGCCUAUUUCCCAGAUGGCGAAUUGGCAAAGCUCCAUUCUCGCAGAUCCGAAGAAUAGGCUCGCCCUUACUGCACUCUCUGCAUACCAGCCUAAGGAGCUACUACUGAACCGCCGACUUACAAGCGAUGACCUCCACGUCUUCAACCUCAGGGUCCCGUUUGAGGGCGGCCCUAUAACGAACCAGAGGAGCUCCGGAAGAUGCUGGCUCUUUGCAUCCACAAAUGUCUUCCGCGUGGCCAUCAUGCAAAAGUACAAGCUUGACGCUUUUGAGCUGUCACAGAACUAUCUCUUCUUCUGGGACAAGCUGGAGAAGAGCAACUACUUCCUUGAACAGGUGUUGGACACGGCAGACAUGGAUCUAGACUCUCGUCUAGUACAAACUCUGGUCCAAGCCCCCCUUAGCGAUGGAGGACAGUGGGAUAUGGUCGUAAACCUGGUCAACAAGUACGGGCUGGUACCUCAGGUUCUUUACCCGGACAGCUUCAACGCAACCUCAUCCUCAACGAUCAAUAGCAUUGUGUUUAGCAAGCUGCGCGAGGAUGCCUUGAUCCUCCGCAAGAUGAUGCGAUCUCCCAAGACGACCGCUGAGCAGCUCUCGCACACCAAGGUCAAGAUGGUCAAGGACAUUUACACGAUUCUGACGCUCACGCUCGGCCCUCCACCCUCGGCUACGGACAAGUUCACGUGGACCUUUGCAGACAAGAACGGCAAGGCCCGCGAGGUUCAGACCACGCCGCUUGAGUUCGCCAAGGAUAUCUAUAGUGCCGAGUUCCGCGUGACGCACUCGACCAUCACGAACAUGGUGUCGCUGGUGAACGACCCUCGCAACGACUACAUGAGCUUGUUGACCGUCGACCGGCUCGGGAAUGUCGUGGGAGGUCGCGGUAUUACUUACAUAAAUGUAGCCAUGGACAAGCUCAAGUCGGCAUGCGUGGCCAUGCUGAAGGCCGGUCAGCCAGUCUUUUUCGGCUGCGACGUUGGCAAGUUCAGCAACACGGCCCUCGGAGUAAUGGAUCUUGAUCUCAUCGAUUAUGAGAUUGGUUUCAACGUCGGGGUACUUGGAAUGUCCAAAGCCGACAGGUUGCGGACGGGAGAGAGCGCCAUGACCCACGCAAUGGUUCUCACGGCAGUACACAUCGACGAAAAGACUGGCAAGACCGUGCGGUGGCGUGUCCAGAACAGCUGGGGCGAGGCCGCUGGCGAAAAGGGCUGGUUUGUUAUGAAGGAUUCGUGGAUGGAUGAGUUUGUGUACCAGGCAGUCGUUGAUAUUCAAGUCCUCUCGAAGGAGGUCAAGGAUGUGCUCAAGCAGAAGCCAGUUGAGCUUCCGCUGUGGGAUCCUAUGGGAGCACUAGCUUGA